AUGCAACUCCUUUCGCUGAUUGGUUACACAGGAGAACACAGCAGACCGGUUACGAAAACAAGAUGCCCCGACACUUUUGCGGCGGCAACUUACGGCGACACCUGCGACGUCUCUCUGGAGGACGCCGCCUUCGCGGCGCCGUCCGGCUGCCAGCUUUCCUUACUUACUCUGUACAGAAUAGAUCCUCUCUCGAAGUAACGUCCAGCUCUUUUCUCUCUCCCAAUCGGGUACCUGGCCGGGGUUACGCUAUGGCUUUAGCUGUUGCGAAAGCAGAUCGAUCUGGUGCGUUCACGACGCAAGCGAAUUCCGAAUAGAUGGCAGUGCUCAUUAGUGGCCAACCACCCACCAGCCCUGACUCGCUCAAGCUGCGUAAUGCCAGAAGUUCGGUAGAAGGAUGGAGGAUAGCUUUGAGCAUAUUAUUUUUUGACUCAUCCAGCCAUAGCUGAAACCAUCCUGUACGACUACAAACAAAACUAUGUACUCUCUCAAGGGCGCGAAUAACAGCUGGGUGUCAGUUUAGGAUCGUAGAAAAUAAUCGCCAUCCAUAUUGUGUUCGCGGUACGACCUGUCAUUCCUACAAUGAAUAUUCAUUGACUGAUCACUGCCGAUGACGGUUGAGAUGACACUUGCUAUGUUAAUAACUUAGAUUUAUAAUACUCAAUUAAUGGUGCAUUAUCGUGGACUGCCGAUUCCUGAAUGACCGAUUUGCACAUAUAGUUUUGCCUUUUCAAGCAGCCCUUGGACCCCGAUGGUCGCUCCAAAAAACAUUAUAAACGGAGUAGGACAAUGUACCAAAGCUUCCACGCCAAUGUGAAAAGCAGAAAAUAUUUUAAAAUAGUACUUACUACGUUCAGUGCCAGGCCAUAGGAAUAUGCUAUCACCACUUUUUUGAGGUCCACAUCCAUUGGAUAGGUCAUGUAGGCCUCAGGAACCCGAGCCCUCGUCCACUGAACGUCUGGCACGGUAGCCAAAUCUUUGAAAGAUAGACAUCUGUCACUUAAAGUAACGUUGCCCGCGGCUGUGAAGAGGUGCUGUUCAGAUCGGCAAGACCGCAGGUCGGCGUCUAUCACUUUCUGCUUAUCGUGGCCACCAGAGCGACACAGUCUAAGGCUUUCGGCCGGACAGUUAUGAGAGAACAUCGGUUGGGUAACGUGGGCAGUGUUCUGGAGAGUGGACGUAGUCUGAUCUCGCGCUUUUGACGUCAUUUUCCAGCUGUUGAGGAACCAGCAAAUAAGCGAAAAGGCCCCGACUACGGAAAGGACUCGCAACCGGCGUGUAGAUGUUAGAAAGGCCAUAACCACAACUGCCUCUCAGUCCCCCUUCCAGACCUUGGGAGCCAGAACUGAAACAGAGUGUGGAAUUCUUCUUAAAACCAACUGUAUAGGUCACCAUGUGAAUUUUGCGUAAGGAUGAUCAGAAGUUACUGCUAGAGAGUGGAGGUGGCAAGAAUGAUUGGCGCUUGUUUGAGGCAAAAGUAGACAGACGCGACCUGACUUACAGAACUUUAGCAGGCGUUAGAUGGCACGACUCAACUUGCACAGAGGUCAGCGCUAAAAGACGCUACUAGUCCUAUGAUAAACUAACCUACAUGUCUGAGACAACAACAAUAACACCACUCAAAUGCAGCAGAAGUCCGAGGUAACUGCCUCUCCACUACUCGCCUGCAGGGAGCCAUUGGAAUGGCAACCCGUAAAAUAAAUCCGGUCUGAUUUCUAUAUUGUACGCAAGUUAGUCUCGUCCAAAAAAGGCGAAAUGACACAGGUGAGAUCAUUUACUGCGCUAAAUAUUCUUACGUGUACGUUGGCCGUGAAGGCAAAAACACUGGAGCCCACAGUGACAAGCACAAUCCCUAACUCCUGACCUUAACUCUUAACCCUAACCCCUAACCCCAACAACUGCAGUAUUAUGUACCUCAGGUGAGGCUGCAUAACCACAUCUUAUCAAUACUAGUUCUGAAAUCAAACAAUUGAUGCCAUUCCUGAUCGGUACCCCGUGCCUCAUCUUCAGGACUUUGCUGGAGCCCUUUUCGGCAAAGCAUUUUUCUCGAAGAUUGAUCUGGUGCGUGCUUUUCAUCAGAUUCCAGUCGCCCCUGAGGACAUCCCUAAAACCGACGUCACCACACCCUUCGGUCUCUUUGAGUUCAUCCGCAUGCCGUUCGGUCUUCGUAAUGCCGCCCAAACGUUCUAGAGGUUCAUCGACCAUGUCUUACGUGGCCUACCCUUUGUGUACGCCUACAUUGAUGACCUCUUGGUGGCCAGCCGGAAUGAAGAAGAAAACAAAGAGCACCUUGCCUUAGUGUUUGACCGCCUUGACAAGUUUGGCGUUGUCAUCAACCCCUCCAAGUGCGUGUUGGGUGUGCCUUCACUCGAGUUCCUCGGCCAUCAGGUCGAUUCUGAAGGCUUGCGUCCCCUCCCCUCCAAGGUUGAAGCAGUUCGUUAUUUUUCUCCUCCAACUUCCAAGCGUCAGUUACAGCGAUUCCUCGGCAUGGUCAGUUUUUACCGUCGGUUCGUACCGAACUGUGCUGACCUCAUGCUGCCGCUCACCAACAUGCUUUCUAGUCCCUAAGGUCCCCUCGAGCUGACUGGCGAAACACUGACUGCUCUUGAGAGAAUCAAGAAUUCCCUUGCCGAUGCCACCUUACUCACUCAUCCCGCUCCCGAAGCUCAGCUGUCUCUGAUGGUAGAUGCUUCGAACGUAGCCGUAGGUGUAGUCCUUCAACAACACCUUGCUGGUUCGACUCAACCACUUGCCUUUUUCUCCAAAAAGCUCUUACCAGCUGAGACACGCUACAGUACCUUUGGCCGUGAAGCAUUUCCGUCAGUUCCUUGAAGGUCGUGACUUCACUGUUUUUACUGACCACAAACCGUUGACUUUUGCACUUUGUUCCCACUCCGACAAGUACAAUCCGAGGGAAAUCGCUCACCUGGACUACAUCUCCCAAUUCACCACUGACAUCCGCCACAUUAGUGGCACGAAGAAUGAGGUGGCUGAUAUGCUGUCCAGACCCUCACUGUCUUCCCUCCAACUCUCACACGGGAUCGAGCUUUGUGCCAUGGUGGCUGAGCAACAGCGAGUCGGUUGUCCUUGUGACGAGUCUGUUAGUGGUCUCCUACUCAAAGACGUUCUUCUGACCACCGGCUCUGGUACCACACUUUGUGACGUCUCAACUCCCUUUCAUCGCCCUUUCGUGCCCUCCUCUAUGCGUCGAGCUGUAUUUCAAACUUUGCAUGGACUCUCCCACCCUGGGAUCCGUGCCUCGCUAAAGCUCCUUGCGAAAGGUUUGUCUGGACUGGCAUGAACAAGGACGUCAAAGCUUGGGCUCGGUCGUGUCUGAGUUGCCACCGCGACAAGGUGCAACGUCACAACAAGUCCCCACUUGACACUUUCCCCAGUCCCGACGCACGGUUUAGCCAUGUGCACCUGGAUGUUGUAGGCCCCUUGCCUCCAUCCAACGGUUUCACCUACCUCCUUACCUGUGCCGAUCGAUACACCCGCUGGGCUGAAGCUGUUCCUUUGCCGAAUGUGCAGCCUGAAAUCAUCGUGAAGGCCUUCGUCAGUCGUUGGGUCGCCAUCUUCGGUGUCCCGUCCACGGUUACGACCGAUCGUGGUGCCCAGUUUGAGUCGGCACUCUUCCAAACGCUACUCAAUUUUCUUGGCUGCACACGCAUUCGGACGACAGCCUACCACCUAGCUGCCAAUGGUAUAGUGGAACGUUUCCAUCGCCAGCUAAAGACUACCUUGCGUGCCGUAGAAGACCCAGGAAACUGGUCGGACAACCUUCCUCUUGCACUCCUCGGCAUCCGCGCAGCUCUGAAGUCGGAUCUCGGCUGUAGCGCAGCUGAAUUGGUUUUUGGCACUACCCUCCGACUGCCAGGCGAGAUGACCACCCCAACCUCUCGUGGAGCCGACGAGAAUCCUGCCAAUCAGGUGCACCGUUUGCGGCAAUUUAUGCGCUCGCUUUCCCCGGUUCCACCUCGAGCUCUAAUGACUGAGUCUUAUGUCGAAAGAGACUUGGACAAGUGUACUCACGUGUUUGUCCGGUGUGACCGUGUGUGCCAGCCGCUAGAAUCAUCAUACGAAUGA